GGUUGGAAGAAAUAUUGUCUGGCAUCAACAGUUCUAUAUUUUCUUAUAUAAUUGGGGUCGAUAGUCUGAAAGCAACUAGCAUUGGUGAUGACGCUUCAUCUUCAGCCGCUAGUAAUGAUGUAAGGCUGCGUAUGGAUGGAUUAUUUGACCUGAAAGAACAUGCAAUCCAAUUUACUAGAGACAUUACAACAUUAUAUACCAAUGGACCAGCUAGUGGUGGUGGUAUCAGUGUUGGACACAAGAGAGAGGUCAUUCUUGAAAAACAACUGCUCAAUUGUGAACAUGUUGCUUGGAAGACAUCCAUAAAGCGCACUGUAACAAAAUCAAAUCCUCCAAGAAUUAGCCAUGAAAACCUCAUUAAAACUCCAGUUUCUCAAGGAUCAGUAGAAGAUGUUUCAUUUUCUGAAAGUGACAUCUCAUCUGCGCACUGUAACUUGUGGGAUGAUUUUAAUUAGCUUUAA